AUGAUAAAAAAUGUUUCUGGAAUCCAUCUGUUAAGACAUGUGUUGAUUUGGCUUGUCUGUCAAAUCAUAGAAGUUUCAAAUUUAUAUAAUACUCAUGCUAAAUGCUUUGCAGUUGAUUCGAAUCUAGGUUGUACAGUAAGAGCACUUAAUAAAGUAGCUGUUCCAGGUUGCAUGGCAAGAGGACCAUGUAGUUCAUAUACUAUUAAAGAUUAAUGCAUAACUAAUGCAAGUGGAUUAGAUUGUGUUUGGAAUACAAAUAGUAGUUUACCUGAACCUGCUUGUUAGGAUAAGUCAUGUACAACUGCUCCUACUUCAACAUUAACUCACAAUGACUGCUUCAAUUAUUAUAAUACACAAAGUAUCAAAUGUACAGUGUAUGCUAGUCCAGGUGCUAAUGGUGGAUAACCAAUUUUAAGAGGAUGUUAAUAAACUGCUGGCUGUUCUACUUAUAUUGAUAUUGAGUAAUGCAAAAUAAAUGAUUUUGGAGAUCCUUGUGGAUGGAAUGGAAAAGAAUGUAAUGAUAAAUCUUGUUCUACUGCUCCUGCAACAUCAGAAUUUGAUGAUGAUGCAAAAUGUAAAGCCUAUUUCAACAAUAAAUGUACAGUUUCAUCAGAUGGAUAAGGUUGUAUAGAUAUUCCAGAGAUUUGUGAAUUAAUGAAUUAGAAAUAAUGUUAUUACAAUAGUACUGGACAGCUCUGUUACUGGACUGGAACAGAUUGUAUUACUAAGACUUGUGAAAAUGCACCCGAAGAAACAGCUACAGCUGAAUAAUAUGUUAUAAAAUGCAAAAUUAAAAUAUGUGAAGAUUAUGUUUUAACAACAGAUGAACAAUGUAGUUAUGCGUUAUCUACAUGUACAACAAACGGUAUUAAUUGUGUAGCCAGAGGAACAUGUGUUUAAGCUUAAAACAAAGCAGGAUGUGUUGUAUCUUCUACUGGAUAAUCUUGUGAAUGGAUACCAGAUGUUGUAGAUUCUUAAAAUGUUGUAACUACUGCAGCAUAUUGUACAAUUAAAACUUGUAAUACUGCCCCAAUUAGUUUAUAGACUGAUGUAGAUUGUGGAAAGUAUUUUACAAAUUGUACAACUAAAAGUGGAGGAGGGUGUGUUGCUAAAUCAAGUUGUUCUGCUGCCUCUGUAAAUGCUGCUUGUAUAACUGCAUUAAAUGGUACAAUAUGUGCAUGGGAUUAUACAUUAAAUAAAUGUAGAGAUAAAGACUGUUAAGAUUUUAUAGGAACAACUCACACCAUUUGUUAGACUUAAAGGAUAAGGAUGUACUGCUGGACCAAAAUGGUAGAUGUGCUAGAAGAAGCUUGUAUUGAAGGCACAAAUGGGCCAUGUUUAUGGAUUGAGAAGUUUGCCACUAGUGAUGGGUCAAAAGGAGCUUGUUUUGCUUAUACAUCAUGCAAGAGUUUAGCUUGGAAUAAUGAUGAAUCUUGUAAAUUGAUAAGUAAUAAAUGUACAACUAAUGGAACUAAUUGUAUUGGAAUUACAUUAUGCACUGAGACAAAUGUUGAUGGUGGAUGUGCUACAGGAUAUGAUGGAUCUUGCAUUUAAUCUGUUCCUGCUUUAAAUUCUUCUGAUCCUAAGAUUUGUAAACCAUUUAAAUCAUGUGCAGAUGCCUUUUAUGCAACUCAUAAAGAUUGUUAAAUUGCUAAUAAAAAAUGUACAACAGAUGGAACUACUGGUUGCAUUCCUUUAGGUGCAUGUUCAACAUAUUAAUCUUAACCAGGAUUUGAAUCUGGUGUUAUAACUUCAACAGGUGUUUGUACUUGGGAUAUGAGUAAAAGUGUUUGUAGAGAUUAAAUUUGCUCUGAUUUGAAUGGUGUUACUCAUUCAAUUUGUAAUUCUUAAUUAUCAACCUGUACUUCAGAUGGUACUAAAUGUUUACUUAAAACAAAUUGUUCUAGUUAUUCAACCUAAAUUAUUUGUUCAACAGCUGUUGGAAAUGAUGGAAUUUGCUUUUGGGAGGUUGGUUCUACUACUAAUAAUAAUACAGCCAAAUGUAGAUUACUUUCUUGUGCUGAUAUUCAAAAUGGAACAUCCAUUAGUGUUUGUUAAGCUGCUUUACCAUCUUGCAUUUCAAAUGGUAACCUAUUUGUAUCCCAAAGGCUAAAUGUUCAACUUACACAACUAAAACAGCUUGUAAUUUUGGUGGAUUAGAUGGACUCUGCUGUAGCUGAUAGUGGAACUUGUACUUUAAUGAAUUCAUGUUCAUCUGCAAAUAAUGAUUAAACUGCUUGUGUAGCUGCAUAAGAUAGAUGUUCAUGGAGUCCAGCUAGUUCUAGUAUUACAAGUAUAUGUACAAGUCAUACAUGUGGUACAUAUAAUCAAGUGAGUGGAACUUGUUCAAGAUUCUUUAAUUGGGAUAAAUAAUCAUAAUAGAUAUGUUCUAUGAUUAAUGGAAUAUGUACAGCAACUGAUCCAUCAACAUUAAAAUAAAGUGAUUGUUUUAAUCUUUCAGGAUAUACGGAUAGGUAGGCUAUAACCUAGCGCUUUGCCCCA